GACUGUUCCAGGAGACGCGCGAGUUGUUGAACAAGUUCGCCGAGGGAGGUCAUCCAGCCGGUUUUUCAGACGGCCGGCGAAUUCACCGACCUUUUGCACGCCACUCUCUCACCUUCUCAGAAUUUUUUCGGGUGCUUCUUUCGGAAAUCCGCUCCGCCGGUCAAAUCUUCAGUGACCACCCUCAAGGAUGAGGUUUCUUUCCCUGGUCGCCCUCAUCGGGGCUGCACAUGCAGCGCCUCUCAUGGAGGGCUCGUGCUCUGAGGAUUGUAUCAAUUAUUUGCUGACGGACGCCGGUGGACCGAAGCUGCUACGCCUCUACAGGGAGCUCCUGAAACCUGACACCGGGACUCUGACCCCAAUCGAAGUCAAUAGGCAGACCUAUGAGGUGUCUUACGCGAAGAAGAACCUCAUCCAGAACGCACUCCGAAAGGGUAUUAAGGACCGUGUGAUUGAGGACAUGCUCGACGAUGCUGCCAUCGUCCCCGUGUCGUCUUCCAACAGGGUGAGUAGCAAGAACUUUCAUAUGAAUGUCUCCGUACAGCAAAUAACCCAGCAGAAAGUGGAGCCGAUCCAUGAGAGACGGCCGAGCCACGAACCUCUCUCUGGUGGACAUCGCAUCUACACCAAUAGCCAGGGCGACGUGAAUCUCGAUGUCAAAGGCCAGACCCUCCGCGUUCCAGAUGAUCUCACCCGUCUCCCGCAAAUCGUCGACGACACAAACACUCUAGACGAUAUCAUACGGCAGCUGCAAGAACUCGGCGUUCCGAUUAAGCGGGAUGGAAGCCGCGUAAUGAUCGGGAUCCCGUCGUCGCCUCAAGGCCUCACUCUGCGGGUCGCCAUCAAGAAAAUUGACGACAAAGUCAGCAGCGUUACAAUCACAGCCAAUGACGACAAGUACACUUUGCCGGGCGAUGAAGCCAGACUCAAUCGCUAUCUGGCCCGCGAGCCCGAGGUCGCGUAUCACAUCCUGAGGAUUUUCUCGACGCAUGGCGUUCCGGUAGAGUACGACUCGGCCACGAAGACCCUGAAAACUAAACUGCACUCAGAGGAGGAGAUUCUCGGGUCCAGAACAGCACUCGGAACUCAUUCCAUAAGUCCAUCCGCGACUUCCCCGAAAGUUCUCCGCGUCGGCUCCGGCAGCUACUAUCUGCCGGAUGACUGGGAAAGACUCAAGCGUGACAUACAGACCGGCGUUGUGUCGCCGAGGAGCGUCACGGAGAUCUUGGAGUCUGAGAAAAUCAACCCUCCCCGCGAUGUGGUUUCUGCGAUCCGAAUGAAGACCACGACGCACUCAAGGCUUCUCGUGAGAAGAUACGGGGACGAGGUCACUGUCGAGCUUGGAUCUCAAUCGUAUAAGCUACCGGGGGAUCAGAUCGCCCUCGAGAAGGCUCUGAAAGACAACGAUUUCCCCAUGGAGUUGGUGAGGGAUUCUCUGCUGAGAAUCGGGGUCGAUUCGCGGCGUAUCGGCUCAACACUCAAGGUCUUGACGCCGGCCGGCGACGCGUAUUUCAGUGGACUGCCGACGACAAAGCAGUACGAUUACAAGAUCAUCCCGAGAUCGAGGGGCGUUGAGGUCAGCGCCGGCUCUCAAUCGUAUGAUCUCCCCACGGAUAAGGCCCGUCUAGAGAGCGACAUCGCAUCCAAAAAAGUGCUGCCGAGGACCCUGGUGGACGCUCUCAACGACGCGGGAGUCUCGUCUCAGAUGGACAUAGACAAACAAGAAAUGCUUAUCCAGCUCAGUUCGGGUGAACUAAGAAUACCGGUGCGAUUGAACAUGGGUACGAAGCGAGUUGGAUCUCGCCUGCGCCUCAACGUUCGCGGCUACGAUGGCAGCAAGGUGUACACCCUCACUGUCGGAGAGAGCGGUAGCGAUAAGAUUGAGCUUCCCACUGAAGUUCACACCCUGAAUAAUUAUAUCCGCUCCGGCAAAGUCGAUAGCGAUCUUCUGCUUCAACUUCUGAGCCGAAUGGGAGUGUCCCAUCGCUAUGACGCCACAAAUAACUACUACGUGGUUACAAUGAAUGACAGGACAUACGAAAUCGAGAAGUCCAAAGAGAGCAGCGGUGGCUUUUCCAUAACCGAGGACUGCAACUCGUGCAAGGAAGACGCAAGCUCGCCGCACGCUCAGGAACGCAUAUUCUGAGUCACGAGUGAGGAAGCCUCUGAGGCUCCGCGUGAUAUAGAUGGUGAUGGCCCGGACGACGCGGAUAGCGCCGCGAUCGCAUGGUGGAUCAGGAUUGGCGGAUGAUAUUCCAGAAUAAAUAUAAACCCACAAUUCUGGAUG